AUGGAAAGAGGAACAGUUCGCUUUGAAGACCCCGAAGGUGUCCAAGAUAACUAUGUUGGAAGGAGCCAACUUGAAAGAACUGUAAUGUUGCCAGAGACGGCAGCGAAAAAAGAAGAAUGGCAAUGCAGGAAAAAUUGUGCGGAAGGAGAUUGUUAUGAGCCUGAUUCUCCAUGGAGGCAGAAGAAGCAAACUCCUAAGCGAAUUGUGCAAGGUCUGAUGGCUGAGACAUGCACCGACUGGAGGCAGAGGAAGGGAACUUGUUUAGAUGGCCUGAUGAAUAGAAACCAAGUUCAAAAGCCUAACAUGUAUUGGCAGAAAUCCUUUUCUGUUGCCAGAAAAAGUGUUCCUAAACCAAAAUUUCCACAGACUGGGAAGCGUGCGUUUGAUGUGACUCGACCACCUUAUGGUCCAAAGAGUUUCAGUCUUAGUGAUGCUUGUAGUAGAGUUAGAGAACUCUCCGUCUGUUUCACUCUAACUGUAGAAAAAUCUUGCAAGGGGAAGAAUCAAAGCCAGGGGAAAGAAGAUAAAAUCAUAAGGAUUGAUCUUCAAGCAGAAAAAAAAUUCAAAGCAAAGGGGAAGGAAGUUAAUACAGGAUUGCAGAUACUGGGAGAAAUUCCAGGAGUUGAAGUAGGAGAUGUGUUCCAAUACCGGGUUGAACUUGCUCUUGUGGUAGUUCAUCGCUUAUAUCAGGCUGGUAUUGAUUUCAUGGACAGUGGAGGACUGUUGGUUGCAACUAGUAUUGUUGCCUCAGGGGCCUAUGAUGAUGAUGUGGGAGAUGCUCGUGAGCUGAUUUAUUCUUGUCAAGGUGGAGAUGUGGUUGGCAAGGUCAAAAUUCCUGAAGACCAGAAACUUGUGAAAGGUAAUUUAACCUUGAAAAAUAGCAUAUCUAGAGGGAAUCCUUUGGUGAGAAUUCCUGGACAACCAGAGCUUAUGCGGAGACAAGUGCAGUCAUCAAAAAGUUCCAAAGUGCUGCAUGGUGUUUGCGUUCAUGAUAUUACCGAAGGGAAGGAGUCACUACCUAUAACUGCUGUGAACACAAUUGAUGGUGCGAAACCGCAACCAUUCAAGUUCAUUAAGAAGAUGAUGUAUCCAGUUGGUUUCCACCCUGCUUCACCUAAAGGCUGUAAUUGCAAGGAUGAAUAUCUUUUUGGUAUUGGUCAGAACUAUAGUGGUUGUACUGUCGACUCUUCUGGACAAGCAAUCCUAAAUGAGUUGGUAGAAGAGGGUGGUUAUACCAUUGAUGCAGCUCACUAUGGAAAUGUAGAACGAUUCAUCAAUCACAGUUGUUCCCCCAAUUUGUAUGCCCAGAAUGUCGUCUAUGAUCACAAGGAUAAGAGAAUGCUCCAUAUCAUGCUUUUUGCGGCAGAUAAUAUUCCUCCCUUGACGGAGCUUUCUUACCAUUACAACUAUUCUGUUGAUCAGUUCUAUGACACUGAUAUGCAAGGUUGAGGUGAAGAGAUGCUUUUGUGGAGCUCCAGAUUGUUCUGGUAGCAUGUACUAGGAUUUAUAAAAUUUUAGCUGUUGAAGUUGAAUAGAAGAGUUACUCAAUCUCAUUGUCUUUUUUCCA